UCCACAACCCUCAGAGCAGUCUGGUUGCUUUUGGUGCCCUGUACAAGGGGAAGGAAGAGUGGGAUUGUAAAGCCCCACCCUGCGGAGGUGCUGCCAUCUCGGCUUUGGAAUGAGGGGACGGAUGUGACCAGCAGUGGCCGCGAUGAGAGCAAUAGCCACCGGGUGGCGCCUCCCCUGCUGAUAAAAAUGAUCAACAAGUCCCGAUGGAAGAUGAUCUUAGGGCUGGUGUUCUUUCUGGUGAUGGCGUGGUACUAUAUAUCCCGCGAAGAAAGGUACAUACAUCUUUUUUCUUUCCCCGUGCAAGAUGUCCGAACGACGUGUCCCCGAGGAGAGAUGGAAAAGAAAGCCACGCUGCUCAUAGGAAAUUACACACGGGAUCAUCCAAUGUUUUUACACCUAAAUGAUUACUUUUGGGUGAAGAACCGGUCGCCGUAUGAGCUGCCAUAUGGGACUAAAGGAAGCGAAGACAUUCUCCUCCGGGUGUUAGCGAUCACCAGCUACUCGGUGCCCGAAAGCAUCCAAAGCAUGAAGUGCCGAAGAUGUGCAGUGGUGGGGAAUGGACACCGGCUCCGAAACAGCUCCAUGGGGGAAGCAAUCAACAAAUACGACGUGGUGAUCAGGUUGAACAACGCGCCGGUUCAUGGGUACGAGGCGGAUGUGGGCUCCAAAACCACCAUGCGCCUGUUUUACCCAGAGUCCGCGCACUUCGACCCCAGACGGGAAAACAACCCGGAUACUCUGCUGGUGCUGGUGCCAUUUAAACCCAUGGAUUUCCAAUGGCUGGAGAUGAUCCUCAAUGACAAGAAGCGAGUUCGCAAGGGGUUCUGGAAGCAGCCCCCUUUAAUCUGGGAUGCCAAUCCUGAGCAAGUGCGAAUUCUGAACCCUUACUUUAUGGAAAUUACUGCUGCUAAAUUGCUUAAUCUUUCCAUGAAGCAACCGCGGAAGAUUAAACAGAAACCAACGACGGGAUUAUUAGCCAUCACGUUGGCAUUGCACUUCUGUGACCUGGUACAUAUCGCAGGCUUUGGAUACCCCGAUUCUGCCAAUAAGAAACAGACUAUACAUUACUACGAGCAAAUCACACUAAAGUCAAUGGCCGCGUCGGAGCACAAUGUCUCGCACGAGGCAUUAGCAAUAAAAAGGAUGCUUGAAUUAGGUGUCCUCAAGAACCUUACGCAGUUCUGAUGGGACGUGGACUAGAAUUUACCUGCAUUGCCUUGGCCUCCGCCUUGGCUGCCUGUCACCCAGCGCGUCCCAACAUCCACCGGGCCGGAGAUACCACUGCUGUGCCGCAGGGCCCCGAAUGGGCUCCUUGCUCGUGGUGGGGGCUGGCUGCUGGGGACAGCGCUGGUCCUGGAGAAGGUAGACAGAGGGGAGAGGGCUGCGGAGUCCCCCUCGGCCAGGCUGAUGUGGCUUUCGGCCGCGUCGUGUCAAGGCUCAGAAGCAGAGCAUCUGAAAUCCUUACAGUCGUGGGGUGGCUGGAUCCCUUUGCGGCCAAGCCAACGCUGACUUGCCGGCCUUCAGGGCGGCGCAGAGGCUGCCCCCGUGGGAUGGGCCCUCGUGGCUUGCUGGUGCACCCAUCUCUUUGGUCUGCCCGCUCCGCGUAGGGGACUGGGGCUGUUUGCCGCACUGUUGAACUGAACCCUGGACAGCGGAAGAAUAGUCAACUUCUCGCCAGAUCGGUUUACUCUCUGUCCGAAUGAGGCAGCGGGGCUGGUUUGACACCCCCCCAUUUGUGCCCUGCUGGGGGGGCUGGCUCUGGGGGUGCGGCACAUGGGAAUGCUGCUGUAGGUGGAAGCUGUAAUGGUGUCCUUUUUUAAACAUUUAUGGGGGGGAGGGGUACCAUGCAGUAUUUUGCUGAUGGG